CUGUGAGUAGGGUAGGGGAGGCAGGGGGCUCUACCCGUGUUCGUUGUGGGGUAGUGGCAAAGUAAACAAAGUAUGAAAGAUCGGAAUGUGGAAUGUCAAAUGGAGUGUUUAUCAGGUGUCAGGUGAAUUGAAGCUUUGUUGCGUCAUGUCAUGUCAUGUCAUUAACGAACAUAUUGUCUCUUCCUGUCUCACCUGUCGGUUGACGCCAGUGCCACGUGCUAUGGCACCCAGUGGUUGGCUAACGGCGGCUCGUGCUACUACGUCAGCCUACGUUUGGCAGCGACGGCCAAGAAGACGUGGUUCGCCGCCCGCCGCUCUGUCGGGCCAACGGCGCCGAGCUGGCCAGCAUCGCCACGGACAGCGCCAACAACUUCCUGAUGCAAAUUCUGCCACGCGCAUGACGACCGAUGAGCGUUUCUGGAUUGGCCUCAACAAGCUGGCGGAGCCAGACUGCAGUGGUCAGACGGGUCACCUGUGGUCUUCCAGUCCUGGGCAGACGGCGAACCAAACGACGGCAAUGGUGGCGAGAUGUGUGUCAACACCAGGGCCCGGUCAGGUCUCUGGAAUGACGACAACUGUAAUGACGAAUUCGGUUUCAUCUGCGAGCGGAGCAAUGGCACAGCCACGCCCCUCAACCCCGUACCCACGCCCCGCAUUCAGGGUGGCUGCCCACCCGGCUUCUCUGGACUCGACAACAAGUGUUUCUACGUCAACAGCACAGCGGCGCUGGGGUGGGAGGCGGCGCGCAAUGCAUGCCGGUCCAUGGUGCUGGCCAGACCCGCCGACAUCGCCAGCAUCACCAGCCACCAGGAGCUAGUGCUGGUGAUGUCACUGCUGGAGAACGUGACGACUGACGUGUACAUCGGACUCAACGACAGGCAGACCAACGCGCACUUCGUGUGGCAGACCAACGAGGAGGUCGUCCUCACCAACUGGGCGCCCAACCAACCCAGCGAGCGAUGGCGUCUGCUCGGAGGCUCCUCCGAGGACUGUGUCGUCAUGAGAGUGCAGCUGGACAUCUUCGGCCAGUGGGAUGACGUCAGCUGUGUGGAGAAGCACGGUUACGUCUGUCAGACGACACGAGAUCCCUCCUACUCCAUGGAGUCACCUGUCAUUGGUGGAUGCAAGGGCAACUAUUAUCACUACCGAGACAGUUGCUAUGGCAACUACAGGAUGCCCAAAAACAUGGCUGAAGCUGAAGCCACGUGCGUGCUGGAUAACGGCCAUCUUGUAUCCAUCCGCGACAUCCACGAGCUGGCGUCAGUCGACAUUUUCCUUUACAUCGACGUCGUCGUCAGCGCGUCCUGGAUUGGCCUAACGUACAAUGAGACGACAGGAAGCUACAGCUGGGUGGACCAGUGGCCAGUGACCUUCACCCAGUGGGGUCAAGGCGAGCCUGACAUCACCAAGUCGGCGGCGUGUGUGGCGAUGGCUGACGGCAAGUGGAACGACACCGACUGCAACGACCUCCGCCCCUUCACCUGCAAAAUCUCCACAGCUGCACCACCUACAACGACUCCAGCGCCCCCUGGCUACUGUGCUAGCCCCUCCUGGGCCCCCAACGGCGACUACUGCUACUACGCCGCCCCCAGCAACACCCAGUCGUGGCCCGAGGCCAACUACAUCUGCAGGAAGCUGGGGAUGGAGCUGCUGAGUCUGCACUCCGCUGACGAGCUCAGCUUUGUCCAGAGUCUGGUGACCCUGGCAGUGACCACCCCCCGCUACAACUGGCGCCUCCCCUCCUCUGGCGUCACCAAAGUGUGGAUCGGACUGGAGCGCACGCUACAAGGUGGUUUCCGCUGGUCGGACGGCUCGCCCACCAAUUACCUCCCCUGGAACACGGGCGAGCCCAACAACGAGAACGACAACGAGGACUGCGCCGAGGUUUUAAUCAGCGUCGGCAAGUUCAACGACAUGCCGUGUAUGGGCAUCAGCCAGGGAUUCGUGUGCAAGGCCCCUAAGGUGUUUCCGACAAGUACAACGACUACCACACCAUCCCAAACAACGACAGCGGAAAGUGUGACAAGUAAAACAACGACAGGGACACAAGCCUCCACUCGCCGACUGGGCUGGCCGAAUUAUCGCCCCUUAGUCUCGCCCGCCACUAGGAGGACAAAGAACUCACUGAGUGGCGGUGAGAUCGCCGGCAUCGUCAUCGGUCUUCUGGCGUUCAUCGCCAUCGUGGGGACCGUCGUCUACGUCCUCCGUCAUCGCCGCGUCAUCAUCAAGCCGCCAGCGGAGCGGGAGGAGCCCAGCGCGGGCUUUGACAACGCGCUGUACGACAAGACGCACGACCAGGUGGCGCUCGCCUCCAACGGCGUCCACCUCAAUCACGCCGACAGCGAGGACUGCUGAUGAGAGAGGACUAUAUCAUCAUCAUCAACAUCAUCAUCAUCGUUAUCAUCUAGUAUAUGCAGUUGAACAUGUUCUUGUUAUCGUCUGUAUCCUCAUUCAUCGUCGUGACUGUAGGUGGCGGCAGUGUUUGUUGAUGUUGUUGUUGCUGCUGUCAGUGUAACGUGCAAUGUCACUGUUACAGUCGCUGUCAUGUGAAAUGUUGUUGUUCUUCAGUUUUUGUGAUAAAUCGCGUCACUGACAUGACCUGAGAGGAUGAACCUACUGACACUGGCAUAAAUAUUGUGAACCUGAUGGACACUGCCACACAUCCUGUACUGUCAUACAGUGCUGUCACACGCCUACACCACUGUCACACUGUACACAUCUACAGCACCACUGCCACACGACUACACCACUGUCACACGCCUACACCACUGUCACACUCCUACGCCACUGUCACACUGUACACAUCUACACCACUGUCACACUCCUACACCACUGUCACACUGUACACAUCUACAGCACCACUGCCACACGACUACACCACUGUCACACUCCUACACUACUGUCACACGCCUACACCAACUGUCACACUCCUACGCCACUGUCACACUGUACACAUCUACACCACUGUCACACUCCUACACUACUGUCACACGCCUACACCACUGUCACACUCCUACGCCACUGUCACACUGUACACAUCUACACCACUGUCACACUCCUACACUACUGUCACACGCCUACACCACUGUCACACUCCUACGCCACUGUCACACUGUACACAUCUACACCACUGUCACACGCCUACACCACUGUCACACUGUACACAUCUACAGCACCACUGUCACACGACUACACUACUGUCACACUCCUACACCACUGUCACACGACUACACUACUGUCACACUCCUACACCACUGUCACACGACUACACUACAGUCACACGCCUACAAACAAAUGGAUGGUAGUACAUAGUGAUCACCAUAGUUACAGUUGCUAGGAGACCAGUGCGGAUAUUACAGAAUUGAGUGAGACACGAGUAGCACUAGACCAGCUCACCCCACAGCCUACCCCUCACAUAGCAACGCACUGGCCGCCGUCACAAUACUCAAAUAUCUUUGUGGGUGAGUGCGGAGAGAAUACAAAUACUCACAGGUGUGUUAGCAUACACAAAAUACUCACAGGUGUGUGAAAAUACUCAUCACGCAAAUACUCACAGGUGUGUUAGCAUACUCACCAUACAAAUACUCACAGGUGUGUGAACAUACCACACAAAAUAGUCACGUGACACAACUGUCAGGAUGUACCCGCACUGUACUCUACACUAUCACUAUACGACAUCUCAAAUGGCUCGCUUUCUUACGAGUAUAUAUUCGUUGAUAUCAUCAUCAUCAUCACCGUCAUCAUCACUGUCAGUGUCUGGCAUCUAACGUUCUCAGCUGCGGUCUGCCAGGCUGACUACGUCACGUGGUGUGUCACUGGCUGCCAAGUGUCGCCAUGUUGCCGAUUGUCAAACGUCGUUGAGGCCGUGACUUUUCCUACUUACCUGUUGUGUGGAUAAUUCAUUACCUUGUGCUGAUAAUGACUACAGGGGAGACAACAGUAUCUGCCUUACGUCCUGCUUGUGUCCCCUUAUAACAAUAAACGUAGGCUGACAGUCACAUCAUGGUGUCGUUACGUCCACUACGUGAUGUGUUCUUAGGGUAAAUUUAUCCUGGAAACCAUGUUGCGCCCUUCUCACGCCCCACAUAGUGGCCUACACUACAGUGUGUAGUAGUGUCCUCCGUCAGCUGUACUAGUCCUCUACAGCCACUACACUAGUCUACACCUUGUACUCUACAGCUACUAUACCGGUCUACACCUUGUACUCUACAGCUACUAUACCGGUCUACACCUUGUACUCUAUAGCCACUACACUAGUCUAUACCUUGUACUCUACAGCCACUACCCUAGUCUAUACCUUGAACUCUACAGCCACUACACUACUCUACACCUUGUACUCUACAGCCACUACACUAGUCUACACCUUGUACUCUAUAGCCACUACACUAGUCUAUACCUUGUACUCUACAGCCACUACACUAGUCUAUACCUUGAACUCUACAGCCACUACACUACUCUACACCUUGUACUCUACAGCCACUACAUUAGUCUAUACCUUGAACUCUACAGCCACUACACUGGUCUAUACCUUGAAUUCUACAGCCACUACACUGAUCUAUACCUUGAACUCUACAGCUACUACACUAGUCUGCAGCUAGUCCUCUACAGCCACUAUACUAGUCUAUACAUAGCCACUACACUAGUCUACAGCUAGCAGUCUACAGCCCAUACACUAGUCUAUACCUUGUACUAUAGCCACUACACUUGUCUAUACCUUGUGCUCGACAGUCACUACACUAGUCUACAGCUAGGACUCUAGCUUUGACAUCUCAGAGCCCCGUGAAGCCUUCACAACUCUACAAAGAACUAGUGUAGCUAUGGUGUCCACGACUACUGACAUCCUUCUGAUUCUACUUCACAUGGCAGCCAGCGUAGAGUCGUCACACUGUGUUGUCGUCACACUGUGCUGUCGUCACACUAUUCUCGUCACACUGUGUUGUCGUCACACUGUGUUGUCGUCACACUAUUCUCGUCACACUGUGUUGUCGUCACACUGUGCUGUCCUCACACUAUUCUUGUCACACUGUGUUGUCGUCACACUGUGUUGUCGUCACACUGUGUUGUCGUCACACUAUUCUCGUCACACUGUGUUGUCGUCACACUGUGCUGUCGUCAUCACUAUUCUCGUCACACUGUGUUGUCGUCAUACUAUUCUCGUCACACUGUGUUUGUCGUCACACUGUGCUGUAAUGACACACCUUGAUCGUCAGGUAGUGUGUCGCCUUGUCUCUGUCUCUCCUAAAUGUCAGUUGCAAACCAAUUUCACCAUGUUACACUCUGACCUUGUUGUCCUGCUGAUGUCACCCGUCUACGCGCCAUACGUCAUUGCGUGGUCACGUGUCUUCUGUUUUGUACUGCUAGAAUAAAUACAAUUCUUGUGGAUUGCUUGAUUACUGUGGAUAAUACAAUGGCUACUACUGUA